UUCAAUCGUCAACGAGGGAAAGACGAAACAGUUCUAAAGAGCCUUGUCUAUCUUGAUGUGCAUUUCUGGGCUUCCUCCCAAGGAUUCAAUCGAAAUCUCUCCCUGGCGAUAAAAAAAUUCACACCAUUUCCCCUUUUCGUGUUCAUGUUUCCUUGUUGGGUUACUUUUUAAAUUAACUUCUUUCCUUAUUAACUGUGUUUGGUAGAUAGCUGUAUUUGUUGAAGACGAUGGUACUGGUCUUGGCUCUGGGGGAUUUGCAUAUACCCCAUCGGGCAGCUGAUCUCCCUCCAAAGUUCAAGUCCAUGCUGGUUCCUGGCAAGAUCCAACACAUCAUUUGCACUGGCAAUCUUUGCAUUAAAGAAGUUCAAGAUUACCUGAAGUCGCUUUGUCCUGACUUGCAUAUUGCAAGAGGUGAAUAUGAUGAAGAAACAAGAUAUCCCGAGACCAAAACACUAACUAUUGGGCAAUUCAAGUUGGGAUUAUGCCAUGGUCAUCAGGUUAUUCCAUGGGGUGACCUAGACUCACUAGCCAUGCUACAGAGGCAGCUGGAUGUCGACAUACUUGUGACAGGGCACACCCACCAGUUCACUGCUUACAAACAUGAAGGAGGAGUUGUUAUAAACCCAGGGUCUGCUACAGGUGCAUACAGCAGCAUCACUUAUGAUGUGAACCCUAGCUUUGUCCUCAUGGAUAUUGAUGGGCUACGUGUUGUGGUCUAUGUCUAUGAACUCAUUGACGGAGAGGUUAAAGUUGACAAAAUUGAUUUCAAGAAGACAACUGCUACAACUCACUCUGCUCAUUGAACUUAUGGGUUUACAAUGUGCUAUUAUUAACAUUUUCCAUGGAUUCAUCAAAAUGCAACUGGUUUGUUGUACAUGUGAUCCAAUCAUUUGUGUACGUGUUGAAUGAUAGAAAUUUUGGCAUGA